AUGGGGCUGGGUCGCGGAGGGGACGGGCGAUCACGUGACGAAGCGCAGGCGGCGGCGGAUAGGGCAGCACAGUCACGUGGCGGGGGCGCGCGGGGGCCCGCCCCCAGGGUCACGUGUCUCUUUCCGGGCGGCGGCAGCUGCGGCCCGCGAGGCGCAUGUGCAGGCGCCCGCGCCGAGGGGGCCGUUGGGCUGCAGCUGCGGCGCGGGGCGGCCGCUCCCUGGCAGUCUUCGCUAAGAUGGCGGACUUCCUGCCGUCCCGCUCCGCGCUGUCGGGCUGCUUCCCCGGCUGCCUGCUGACCAGCACCGAGGCCGAGCAGCAGCGCAAGUCCAAGGAGAUCGACAAGUGCCUGAACCGCGAGAAGACCUACGUGAAGCGCCUCGUCAAGAUCCUGCUGCUGGGCGCGGGCGAGAGCGGCAAGUCCACCUUCCUCAAGCAGAUGCGGAUCAUCCACGGGCAGGACUGGGACCGGACGGCCCGCGAGGAGUUCCGCGCCACCAUCUACAGCAACGUGAUCAAAGGUGUGAGAGUCCUCGUAGAUGCUCGAGAGAAACUUCAUAUUCCCUGGGGAAAUCCUGACAACCAGAAUAAUGGGGAUAAGAUGAUGGCUUUUGAUACUCGGUCAACAAUGGUGGCACAAGGGAUGGUGGAGACUCAGGUUUUUUUACAGUACCUUCCAGCAAUAAAAUCACUGUGGGCAGAUAAUGGAAUCCAGCAUGCCUAUGACAGACGCAGAGAAUUCCAACUGGGGGAAUCUGUAAAAUAUUUCCUGGACAACUUGGAUAAACUUGGAGAAUCGGAUUAUCUUCCAUCACAGCAAGAUAUUCUGCUGGCACGAAGACCCACAAAAGGGAUUCAUGAGUACGACUUUGAAAUUAAAAAUGUUCCCUUCAAGAUGGUUGAUGUAGGCGGCCAAAGAUCAGAAAGGAAACGUUGGUUCGAGUGCUUCGACAGUGUCACAUCGAUACUUUUCCUGGUCUCCUCAAGUGAAUUCGACCAGGUGCUCAUGGAGGAUCGGCUAACAAAUCGCCUUACAGAAUCACUGAACAUUUUUGAAACAAUAGUCAACAACCGGGUUUUCAGCAACGUCUCCAUCAUUCUAUUUUUAAAUAAGACAGACUUGCUUGAGGAAAAAGUACAAAAAGUGAGCAUCAAAAACUAUUUCCCAGAGUUCGAAGGGGAUCCCCACUGCUUAACAGAUGUCCAAAAAUUCCUGGUGGAUUGUUUUCGUACCAAACGCCGGGACCAACAGCAGAAGCCCCUAUACCACCACUUCACCACUGCUAUUAACACAGAAAACAUCCGGCUGGUUUUCCGUGACGUCAAGGAUACCAUUCUUCACGACAACCUCAAGCAGCUGAUGCUACAGUGAUGUGCAAAAAGACAUUUUUAUUUGAAUACCUUUUGUGUUUUUAAAUUGUGGUUUACAACAGGAAUAGAAAAAUCCAGGUCCUGUCAGACUUCUCGAUGUGUGGCUGAAAGCUGCUGCUGAGCACAUUAUUGCCAAUUUCUGCUGAAAUUGAGGCUUUAAUCUCUUCCACUGUAGCUUUGAGUUGACUCAGUUAUUUUAUAGCAAACCUAAGUCCAAAUAACCUGUAAGGUGACUAAACUUGACCUCCAGUGCUUGUAUGUUGCAAAAAGUAUAUCUAGAAAAUGCACUCCACCGUCAGAAUUCCAAGUCCAGACUUCAGUGUAACAUUCAUCGGAAUUACAUUAGACUUGUAGUAGUAGUUUUUGAAAACGGUUCCUUUUCACCUCUUCCUUAAAACUAUAAUGAAGACUGUGAUGAUAUAGCUGACUUUGAUUUCUCAGGUCCUUCAUUGGUUAGAUAUUCCAUUAAUUUCUUGUUGGAGUCAUUUAGAAACUAGGAGAAUGGUAAUAAAGCCUUUCCUGCCUUAAAUAUAAAGUUUUGCAUGGGUUUUUGAGUGUAGGGUAUGCUUUAGGUCAGGAAAUACAGAAAAGUUGGGAACUGUCAGCAUUAAUACCUUCUGCCAGAAAUGUGUAAAGACUAAUAUGAUCAAGAACUAGUAAAUGGCACAGUUCACUCUAACUUCAUUUUCUAGUGCAUAUUUUAAGUACUCUGCUUGUUAGAGCUAUAACACAGCACAGAGCGCUAUGAUCUGAAAUGUUGAUAUGUGGGAAGGAGAAGCAAACUGAGCUUUAGAAUCUGUAUUCUCACUUUGUCGUCAUGCUGAAUAGCUUACAUCCAGGUACCUUGCCCCGGAGUUUAGGCCGAUUUGAAGUGCUUUUGUAUCUUUUCACCAUAACUUUUACAGUGUGCCUAGUCCUACAUCAACAAGCAUUCACUAAUGCACAGAAGUAUUUGCAAACGUAAGUGCCUCCUGUCUUCUGUCCUUCUGCAGUUUUUUCAGUGGCCUUACAUGAAGACAAAUUCCCCAGACAGUGGCCUUAUGCAGAUAUGGGUAAAUAGGCCGAACACCAGUAGGCCAAAAGCCUGUACAGAAAGAUGGGCAUAACAUGUCACAGUAGUAAAUGCUAAAGUCUGAAAACUUCAGAGAAUCUGUUAGAAUCGGGUCUAGAAAUCCUGAAGAAUCAGAAGAACGGCCAUACUGGGUCAGACCAAUUGUCCAUCUAGCCCAGUAUCCAGUCUUUUGGCAGUGGCCCAGUACCAGAUGCUUCAUAGGAAAUGAACUGAACAGGGCAAUUUAUUGAGCGAUUCAUCCACUGUUGUCCAGUCCCAGCUUCUGGCAGUCAGAGGUUUAGGAACAUCCCUGAUAGUCUUGACUAAUAGCCACUGAUGGACCUGUACUCCAGGAACUUACCCAAUUCUUUUUUUAAUGCAGUUAUACUUUUGGCCUUCACAACAUCCAGUGGCAACAAGUUCUACAGGUUGACUGGGUGGUGUGAAGAAGUACUUCCUUAUGUUUGUUUAAAACCUGCUGCCUGUAAUUUCAUUGGGUGACGCCUGGUUCUUGUGUUGUGUAAAUAACACUUCCCCGUUCACUUUCUCCACCUUGUUCAUGAUUUUAUAGAGCUCUAUUGUUCCCUCCUCCCCCCCCCCCCCCCGUUGUCUCCUUUUGAAGCUGAACAGUCUGUCUUUAAUCUCUCCUCAUAUGGAAGCUGUGCCAUACCCCAGUCGUUUUUGUUGCCCUUCUUUGUACUUUUUUCCAAUUCUAAUCUUUUUGGAGAUGAGACGACCAGAAUGGACAUACUAUUCGAGAUGUGGUCGUAUCAUGGAUUUAUGUAGUGGCAUUAUGAUAUUUUCUGUCUUCUGUCGCUUUCCUACUGGUCUGACUGCCACUGCACAUUGAGCUGAUGUUUUCAGAAAACUACCCACAGUGACUCCAAGAUCUUUCAUGAGUGGUAACAGUUAAUGUAGAACCUCUCAUUUUAUGUGUAAUAUUUGUCAUUGUUUUCCAGCGUCCAUUACUUUGCAUCUGCCAUUUUGUUGGACAAUCACCCAGUUUUGAGAUCCCUUUAUAACUCUUAAGUCCGAAGCUGACUGCUAUCUUGAGUAAUUUUGUGUUAUCUUAGCUGUCAGCUUUGGACUUAAUUGUCUUGAAUAAUUUUGUAUCAUCUGCAAACUGUCACCUCUCUGUUUACCCCUUUUUCCAGAUUACUUGAAUAUAUUGAACUUGAGGUCCCCUUGAGGGACCCUGCUAUUUACCUCUCUGCACUCUGAAAAUUGAACAUUUAUUCCUACCCUUUUUCCUGAUCCGUGAGAGGAGCUUCCAUCUUAUCCCAAAGUAUGACCGCUUACUUUGCUUAAGAGCCUUUGGUGUGGGACCUUGUCAAAGACUUUCUAAAAGUCCAAGUACACUGUAUCUCUGCAACAGCCUUGUCUUCCUUGAAUGUGCCUUUAGCACCUCGAUUGUACAGUGCCCCCUCCUGAUUGUUUGGCAGGCUUCCUGCUUCUGAUGUACUGAAAAAAUGUUUGCUGUUAGUUUGUCUUUUGCUAGGUGCUCUUCAAAUUCUUUUUUGGCCUGCCUAGUUAUACUGGUGCACUAGACUUGCCAACGUUAGUGUUCCUUUCUAUUGUCCUCAGUAGGAUUUGAGUUCCAAUUUUUAAAGGAUGCCUUUUUGUCUAACUGCCUUUCUUAUUUUGUUUAGCCAUGGUGGCAUUUUUUGAUCCUCUUAUUUUUUUAUCGUAAGAAUACUUGAGCCAAACAUGCUACAGAGGGUUUUCUAGAGGUGCCAUUUGUCAUCAGCUAUAUUCUGCCCAAAGUUCCAUUACAACUAACUCUUGUGGGGUUUCACUUUGGUUGCAGGGCAAAAUAUACUCUUGGCUGGAACUUUGUAUGCCAAAGAGCAUGUUAUGAAAUAAAAUUUAGCUUGGCCAAUUGGUGUUUUAAAGAAAUAAGUUCAGGUCACUACUGCACAAAUCAAGUAGUUCUGUUUACCCCUGCCAGUGUUCUGUUUUGCUACCUGCCCCAUAGAACAGGUCAAUUCUUGUGGCAGAAGAGCAAUUUCUUAAGGUGGGUUUUGUCAUAGAUGCACUGCAUGUGUGGCAAUAGUUUGACAUGUUCUAAUAGCUUAAAACAGUCUGCAUUGAAGAUGGGAUCAUUUUGGAAGGAGUGGGGGAAGCUUGGGCUCUAUUCCCAACUCUGCCUCUGACUUCCUGUGACUGUCAUUUAAACUUCUGUGUACCUCAUUCUCUCAUCAGUAAAAUGGGAAUAGUGCUUACCCACCACUGUAAUGUGCUUAGAAAUCUGUGGAUGCAGUACUAUAGAAAUGCAAAAUGCUCUUUUUAUGCCAAGGAGUUCUGUCAGUCUAAACCAAAAUUCACUUAUUAAAAAAAUUGAAACACUGAAAUUUCACAUCACAGGAUCUGUUUGUUAAAAUUGAUACCCAUGCAGGAAUAGCUCCUGUCUCUCAGUGGUGUCAGGCACCCACAAGUCCAGCUGAAGUCAAUGGGAGGUGAAUGUUAAGGAUAAAGUGAAGUCCAAGGGCUUGAUUAAGUAAAUGUUUCUGAAGAGUCCCUAACAGUGAGUAAAUCUGCUUUUCAAAAUGCUUCCAUACGCCUUGGACUAAUCCAAAAUACAUGUUACUUUGUUUUAGUUAAGUGUCAUGUCUGUUCCUCCCAGAAAGGUCUUGUUUACUUAACUAGAAUUCUAGCCACCCCUCUCCUUGGAUCACUCAGCCUUAAACUUUGACAUCAAGACAGGGUAGGAAAUUUAGUGUGUGAAACUUCUCUCCGUCUGAAACUUACUCAGACUAAUUCCAUCUAAGACAAUUGUAUUGAGGUAAAUCAUUGAUGGUAUUACCCCCCCACAUACACACACCCUUCCCCCCCCCCCAAAAAAUGUAUAAUUUGGAUGCAAGGUAUAGUAACGUAAUAUUGCUGAACAGAGACUGUCCAUAUACGUACUGAAGCAAAAGCAAAUGUGUGAUCAAAAUCAAACUAAUAAAAGUGAUUUGAGUGUAAACCAGUAAGUAUGGUACAAAGUCAGGACUUAAAUUUCCAGUAGAGGUGGGAAUGCAGGAAAAAUCCUAAGGCUUUAAUAAAUAAUAAAAAAGCUACUUUUAACAGGACUAAUUUUCUAAGGAUCAUUGGCUAGACACUGCUGCACUGAAUGAUCAGUAACUGCAUUGAGCUACGAUUUCUAUAUACCCCUAUCUUGUACAGUCUGUACUUGAAGGUGAAAAUGGCAUUUUAGCAAAUGUUCCUUGUGGCAUUGUUUAAAUUUGUUUGGUACCUGAAAAUAAAUGGUGGCUGUUCACCAGGUCUUGGAAAAAAUCCACUUACCAAUGGAGUAGGUCCCCACAUUUCUCAGGUGGAAUAAGCCAUCAGUUCCUGACAAAUGUAAGCUCUCAUUUUAAAAAGAAAAUUCUGGCCCCUCAUCUUUUUCCAGAGAGGCCUCUGGCUAAUAGGCUUAGUCCUUUGGCUAAUAAGUGUCUGGUAAAGGGAUUUUAAUCCUGCCAUCCAGGAUUCUAGCAAACCUAAAAUGCUUCAAGCAUGUCUGUAGUAUUCUUGACUCUUGGCUAAUACUGACUCAGUAUUUUGAACUUCACUUAACUUCAGCAGAAACUUUUAACUAACAGGCUUUUAUUCCAUCCCGCUGCUAAUGUAUGUAAAACUUUAAUAAUAAAAAACCCCACACACCUGAUAGUUCUGAAGGCAGCACUAUUUGGGAUAUGGCCCUAUGAGUUUAUAAGCAAGUUGCCACUUAAAGGGGUGCACAACUAUCACAGUCUUCAACUUUCCUGCUGGUUGCCAAGCUAGUCAAGAAUCUCUAGGCAUUUAUCUUUAAAGAUGGUUGCAGAAGUUGUUUUCCAACAGCAGCAUUUCCUGUUUCAGAAUAAUCAGUGUUUCGUGCUAAAAUAGUCACAAUAUGACUUUUCGGGUCUUUCUGUAUUUGAUGGUACCAUGAUGUAGAUGAAUCUAAGUUUGUUUGUUUUUUUUUAAAUUACACAGCAUUGCAAUACAGUGCCAUUUGCAAUUUCUUUGCCUUGAACUUGAAAACAAAUAAUUGAAUUGCAGAAUAUUUAACUGCUUUCCUGCGCUUUCAAUAGCAGUGAGAGCUUACCUUCCAUGAAGCCUUAUGAAAAAUAUUUUGUAACAUCCUCAUAGAUACUUUAUCUAACAAUCAAGAUUUGUAUUUGCUUUGUAUAAAUGUUUGUGGCUUACAGUUUUUAUAUGUGUAUCUUUUAUAACUUUCCAGGGGCUAACAGCAUCUUUAUAUUGUACAUUGCUCUCCUUGCUUUAGUUCAGAAUUGGCAAUAAAUUAUUUCUAAAGAAGGUCUUAAAGAAAAAAGCAUCACUUGCUUUUAUAAAAUGGUUAAAUUACUAAUAGAUUAAAGCCUCUUACAGUCAGUUGUACAUUGCUCUGUACAUACUCUGCAAGUGUUGCGUUUCAGCUAUUAAUAUUUGCCUUGUGUUUAAAAAAAAAUUACUGACGAUAAAUAAACAUAUUCAGCCUCA